AAAGCCUUCUUCUUCAUCUGCUUCUUUAUCUCAUCAUCAUGGCUCCUUUUUUUUCUAUCCCAUCAAUUCUCACCACCAUUAAGUUCUUCCUGUUAUUUUCAUUUCUUGUGGGGAUGGUCUCUGCUCAGUUGUCCUCUACUUUCUAUGCAACAUCAUGCCCUAAUGCCCUUUCCACCAUUAAAUCAGCUGUAGACUCUGCAGUGUCAAGUGAGCCACGCAUGGGAGCAUCCUUGCUCCGUCUUCACUUUCAUGACUGCUUUGUUAAUGGAUGUGAUGCAUCGGUACUAUUGGAUGAAGAAAGACAAGCUCCUCCCAAUAAAAAUUCAAUAAGGGGCUUUGAGGUAAUAGACACCAUCAAAUCUCAAUUGGAGGACUUGUGCCUUGGGGUUGUGUCUUGUGCUGACAUCUUAGCUGUUGCUGCGAGAGACUCUGUUGUUGCUCUUGAUGGACUUGGUUGGACCGUCGAAUUGGGCAGAAGAGACUCUGCCACUGCAAGUGGCGAUGCUGCUAUUUCAAACCUCCCUUCUCCAUUUUCAAGUCUUGGUGAACUUAUCAACAACUUCUCUAGCAAAGGUUUCACUGUCAAAGAAAUGGUGGCUCUCUCAGGAUCUCACACAAUAGGCCAAGCACAGUGCAAGAACUUCCGACCUAGGAUUUACAAUGAAACCAACAUAGAUUCCUCAUUCACAACUUCAUUGCAAUCGGACUGUCCAAGCACUGGUGGUGACAGCAAUCUUGCCCCUCUAGAUGUGACCAGUUCAGAAUCCUUUGACAAUGAAUACUUCAAUAAUUUGAUAAGCAAAAAGGGUCUCUUGCACUCAGACCAACAACUCUUCAAUGGGGGUUCCACAGAUUCCCUUGUUGACGCUUACAGCACCAACUCGGAAAGCUUUCUAACAGACUUUGCUAAUGCAAUGGUAAAGAUGGGGGAACUUAGCCCUCUCACGGGCACAAGUGGUCAAAUCAGAACAAAUUGCAACAAAGCAAACUGAGUUAAGGCACUAGAGUUUGCCGUUUGAGUGUCCAUGUAUUCUCAUUGUUCUUCGUUAUUUUGUGGUUGGGCAGAUAAUAUAAAAAAAUAAGGGCAUUAUUGCUCGUGUAAUUUAGCUUUCUAGUGACAGCGAAGUGAGUAUGAGAUAUAUAUCAAAAGACCAUUCUUUUGAAUUCUAGUAAGGCCAAUUAUAUUGGUUCUUGAUAAUUUGAUCGAGCACACUACUCAAGUCCUAUAGCAUCAGAAGGCUUUAUGUCUCUAGGAUUUAUGGUCAUUUUAUUCAGGCUGUCUAUCUUAUUAACAGAAUGUACUCAAGA